AUGGUGCCCUACUCCAUCUCCGACGCCACGGGGCUCAUCGGCUCUAGUCGCACGCCCAUAUCGGUCCUCCUCGAUCUCAAUGCCGGCAACUUCACCAAAUGGAACAUCUUCCUCUAUGCCCUCCUCGGUUGCCAUGGCCUUCUCCAACACAUCGACAGGACUGCCGCCCAACCCAUCGAUCCCGUGUGGAUCCAAGAUGACUGCACCGUCCUCUCCACCAUGUACAACUGCAUGACUCUAGAAGUUCUCGAUAUCAUCCUCGACAAGAACAUGAGUGCUCAUGCACUUUUGGGUGAUCUCAACAUCACAACCUACUACAAGGAGCAGAAAUGGCUCGCCAACGCCCUACGUGAUGCCGACUCUCCCAUCAAGGAUCUUCAUCUCGUCCUCAACAUUCUUUGUGGGCUCAAUCCGCGGAUGCCGCGGGCAGCCUCCUUCAUCUCCAUGUCGACACCACUGCCUUCAUUCACCAAGACUUGGUCGAUGCUCCUCACCGAGGAGAUGCAGAUCACGAACAUAGCCAAGGCCACUGCCGCUACCACGCUUCUCUCAAGCGCCUCUCGGCAGCCUUCGUGCUCUGGCUCCUCGUGCCAUGACACUAACUCGAACGCCACCAAACACAAGAGCAAAGGAAAGACGAAAGGCGGGAAUGGAUCGUCCAAGGGUGACAUUGGUGGCCGAUCGGGCUCAAUGAUGCCCAGUCCCAACGACCCUUGGAUCUGCUUCAACCCCAGGACAAACACAUGGGCCACUCUGGCUCCUGGCGAUGCAUGUAUCCUUGGUGCCAGACCCCAACAUGCGCUCACCACAAUGGCCAUGCCUCUGUACCAGUCAACGUCAUCCUUAGCAGGCUCCAUCCUAGCCUCUUGGGACAACACUUACCUCGUCGUCGCCAUGAACAAUCUCACCUUGAACAGUCGGUGA